AUGAAAUGCAGCAGCCCAGCCCCUGUCUCUUAUACACAUCUAGAUGUGUAUAAGAGACAGCGCCUGGCCAAUCUCGACAACGACAGGACAGUCUCGCAUCAGCUUCAGCUGGCCCGUUGCUGUUGCAGGUACCUACCUAUGUACAUACGUAUCAGCGGCGCCUUUUUGCUUGUUUCGAAAAAAACAGUGCGACGAACCACCACUACCCUGCGUGAAGGACUGACUGCCUGCGGCUGCCUGCGGACUUUUCCACAUGGCUAUUUGGCGACUAUCGAACGGGGGCGCGCGCGCGCUGUGGAGGAACGCGCACGCAGCAGCGGCUGGUGCUGCCGCUGGCGCUGCUGCAGCACUGGAUGUGGGCUGACAUGCCAAACUAACGAGCUUCCAUCGGGUAUUUGGAAUGCAGACCUCGUUUCAGGCUAUUGGGCUGAAGGCAGUGACGAUAAAAAAGACAAGAAAAGAAAAAAACAGAUACAGUAUCGAUUCUGCGAUGAGAGAGCUACAGCCAUCGUGGCUGUAAUUGACUGCUCACACCCCCUCGAGGGUCUGUCAUUGUCGGCACCAAGGGUCCUGCUCCUCCUCGUCUUUCUUUGGGCUACAUCGUGGCACGAGAGAUUGGCGCCGCCGCCGUUCGCCGUCCACCUGCACACACACACACACACCUGGACUGGCCUCCCUCUGCGCCUCGCAACCAUUGGACGUCAGCUUCCAGUGUCAACGAACGCAUCAUCGCAACGGCCGAGAUUGGCAAUGGGAAGCCAACCGGCCAAUCAGUCGCCAGCAAGGCCCUUGUCCUCCCAGUCUCCUUGGAGGUUUGUUUCCCCCAUGGACGCCCCCUUUGAGCCAUCGACCUUCGCUCCAAACCCUCUGUUCUCGAAUCCGAGCUACGGUAUCCAAUCAUCACCACCUUGGGCGCAGAGGCUCAUCGAGAGUCUGGUGUGCGGCGGGGCACACAGAACCAGGCGCACGGCGCCUCCGCGCAACAACGGGGCGUGCCAGCUCGCUGGGACUCGUACGAGUUGGUGGCGCUGCCCCGGCUUUCGAUUUUGGGGCGGGCAGGGACAAAUUUGA